AUGUUGUCCCUCAAAGGUCUUUGUGCGUCUUCAAUACUAAUCUCAGCUGGAUAUGUUCAGGCGCAGAACGAUUUUAGUCAAUAUGUCAACGUUUUUCAAGGAACACAAGGCGGUGGGAACAGAUUUCCAGGUGUAGUCGCCGCCCCGUUCGCUAUGGUCAAGCUUGGACCAGACGUUCAGAAUGGCAAUGCUGACGCCUACUCUGGCUACCUCCCCGAAGGCAAUAUCUUCGGCUUCAGUAUGAUGCACGAGUCUGGUACUGGAGGUGCGCCGAAAUACGGCGUUGUAAGUCAGAUGCCAGUUGUCGGUGAUGUCCCGGACCCCCUAGCAGAUCUCUCUCAACCGCGAGCAUCGCCGGAUCAGGCAGGUGUAGGAUACUACAAGUCUUCGUUGGCGAAUGGAAUCACGGUGGAGCUUGGUGCUACUGAGCAUGCCGGUUUGUACUCGUACUCUUUUUCAAACAGCACAUCGUCAUCCAUCGUAGUAGAUGUCUCGCAUGUACUUCCCAGCUUCAGAGGCCUUGGGUGGGAGCAACACUAUUCAGGCGGCAGUUUCAGCAUUUCCAAAGAUGGUCACUACGAAGGAUCUGGCAUCUACAAUAACGGCUGGAAUCUGUCGCCAGACUGGACAAUCUACUUUUGCGGCAAGUUCGACCAGCAACCCUUGCGCGCACGAACUUUCAACGGAGAUGCGAGCGCAUCAAACGAGCCAGUAUCUGGGAGUACACGCAUUGGUGGGAUCUUCACUUUUACCGAAUCGAAGGUGAUCUCUCGUGUCGGUAUCUCCUUCCUCUCAUCUAAGAAAGCUUGCGAGAACCUAGAAGAGAUCUCAGAAGACACUGAACUGAACACUCUCGUUGAGACCGCAAAGACCAGAUGGAACGACGAAAUACUCAGCAAAGUCCAGAUAUCUUCUUCGAACACAGACGACUUGCAGCUAGUAUACAGUUCGCUCUACGGCAUGUUCCUUAUUCCUUCAAACCGAACAGGCGAGAACCCUGAUUGGAACGAAGGAGAACCAUACUACGACGACAUAUUCACCCUUUGGGACACCCAUCGAUGCCACACCGCCCUAUUCCAUAUCAUUCAGCCCUCAGCAUACGAAGAGUUCAUCCGCUCCCUCAUCGACAUCUGGCGACACGACGGCUUCAUGCCCGACGCCCGUUCCUCAAACUACAACGGCCGCGUACAAGGCGGUUCAAACGCAGACAACGUGCUUGCAGACGCCUAUAUCAAAGGCGUUCGAGGGUCAAUAAACUGGGAAGAUGGUUUCUCCGCCAUGCGCACCGACGCUGAAGUCGUGCCUCGCAAUAAUUUCGACCCUAAAGCACCGGAUUCCUCAACCAAGGAAGGACGAGGUGCGCUUCCGGAUUGGCUUCAGUACGGAUACAUCACUCCACGCUUCACACGCGCAGUCUCCCGCGCAGUCGAAUACUCGACCAACGAUUUCGGCCUGCACCAAGUCGCCGCGGGGUUGGGCAAAACACAGGAAGCAUCUACCUAUCUCAACCGCUCCCGCAACUGGCGCAACCACUGGGACCCCGCAGCUGCAUCCUAUAACCGCACCGGCUUCAUGGUCCCACGUUUGGCAAACGGAUCUUUCGUAAAGCAAGACCCUGCGGAUUGCGGUGGCUGUUACUGGGGCGACGCAUACUAUGAAGAUAGUAGUUGGAUCUACAGCAUGAACGCCAUUCAUGACGUGGCUGAGCUGAAACGCCGUAUCGGCGGCGAUGAACGCUUCAUCGAUCGGUUGGAUAAGAUUUUCGAACUUGGGUUCUUUGACGCGGGGAAUGAACCUAGUUUUACGACACCGUAUUUAUACAAUUUCGUGGCUGGGGAGCAGUGGAGGAGCGUGGAGAGGAGUCGUGAAAUAGGGAGGCUAUAUAAUGCUGGGGUCCAAGGGCUACCGGGGAAUUCGGAUGCUGGGGCUAUGGAGGCAAAUCUUCUUUGGCAAAUGAUUGGACUUUAUCCGUUGACAGGUCAAACUACUUUCCUUGUUCUUUCCCCUUGGUUCCCCGACCUUACCCUUGAUCUUGGGAAAGGGAAAGGGCUUACCGUCACUACAAAUUUUAGCGAAGGUGGCGACCGAAAUGCAGCGGCUUACGUACAGAGCCUGAAGGUCAAUGGUGAGGCGUGGAAUAAAGCGUGGGUAGCCUGGGAAGAUGUGUUUGAGAAUGGGGGUACGAUGGAGUUUGUAAUGGGAAGCAGUCCGAGUCGUUGGGCGACAGGUGAGCUACCGCCCAGUCCGGCUUCGACGUAA